AGAGCGUAAAGCGUUUGACGUCAGCACCACAACAUUCCGUCUUGACAGUUCGUACGGGUGGUAAAAAUAAUCCGUAACGAUUUUAUAUCAAACUAAAUUAAAUCUGUUUGAGCUGAAUGUAAAAUUUCUGAUUAAAGGUAAGGGUGGGUACUAUGUAAAACUUUAUUUAAGCCUCCAACAAACUGAAACGGACGUGAAGCAACUGUAAUGCAAAAAGGCUAAGCUAGCACUAGCUAGUUUAUGUUUUUUGAAGAAACCGAGCUGCGUUGUGUGUGUGAGAUCCAAGCCGGACGGGACGUUCUGAAAACCUGUUGUCUAGCCAGCCGAAGAGACGGGGAACAGGAUAGGGAAACAGGGCGAAGCGGGCCCCGCGGAGCCGGUGGAGAAGAUGGCCGGCAGCCCGGAGAAGAGUUCCACCGCGCAGGAGUUCAAGGAGCAGGGGAACCGGCUUUUCCUCUGCCGCAAGUACCAGGAUGCUGCCUCUUGCUAUAGUAAAGCUAUUAACCGCAAUCCAUCAGUGGCAGUAUACUACACCAACAGGGCCCUCUGCCACGUGAAGCUGCAGCAGUAUGACAAGGCUCUGACAGAUUGUAAGCAUGCACUGGAGCUGGAUAGUCAGUCUGUUAAAGCCCACUUCUUCCUGGGCCAGUGUCACCUGGAGCUGGAGAACUACGAUGAGGCAAUCGGCAAUUUGCAAAAAGCUUAUAACUUGGCGAAAGAACAGAGGCUGAAUUUUGGAGACGACAUUCCCAGUGCUUUACGCAUCGCCAAGAAAAAACGCUGGAACAGCAUUGAGGAGAAACGCAUCAACCAGGAGAACGAGUUACACGCUUAUCUGACCAAACUCAUUCUGGCUGAGAAGGAAAGAGAGCUGGGUGAUUACAAAGAAAAACACGAUGACAAUCAGAACGGAAGUGAUGCUGCCAAGAUCGCGUCAAGACAUGACAAAUAUUUAUUGGAUAUGGAAGAGCUCUUCUCGCAAGUUGACGAAAAAAGAAAAAAGCGGGAGAUCCCGGAUUAUCUGUGUGGAAAGAUCAGUUUUGAGCUGAUGAGAGAACCCUGCAUCACACCAAGCGGAAUCACGUAUGAUCGCAAAGACAUCGAAGAGCACUUACAGCGAGUCGGUCACUUCGACCCGGUCACCCGGAGCCCCCUGACCCAGGAUCAGCUGAUCCCUAACCUGGCUAUGAAGGAAGUGAUCGAUGCCUUUAUCCAGGAGAAUGGUUGGGUGGAGGACUACUGAAAAAAGCACCUCCCAUUUCUCCCUCAUGCCCCCCACCUCCACCUAGUACUCAACACGAAGCCUGAACUACUGAAGGCUUUUGAAAACAGAUCACCCCUUGCCUGGAUAUGCAUCUUACACAAGCAGGAAAAGCCGCACUCUGGACUGCCCAGUGGGAGCCGUGGAUCUCGGUUUGCCUCCUCCCUGCAUUCAGUUUUUGCUGUAAAACUUCUUGCUGCAACUCUCCACAGCUCAGUGUUCAUAUGCUGCUCCCUUUAAGAACCCCUCUCUUUCUUUCUGUCCGUCUCUUUUAGUUUUUUAGUCUUUUUCCGCUCGACUCCUCUGUGAUCAAAUCGAGGCCAUUUUCAGGUCUUUUUUGCACAUUUCCUGCUUUUCUUUCCUGCUGUUUCUGAGUGCCACAGUUAUUGAAAAGCUUUGAUCUCAAGUGUUACACGUAAAACACUAAUAUUUAAAAAAAAACAAGUAUAAAAAAAUGAUCAUUUUUAGUUUUGAAUUUGGCCUUUUUUUCCCCAUUGAAUGGCUUUUCAUUUGUCCAUUUGUUAAAGGUCAACUUAUUUGUAUAAAAGUUUGACAUCAAAUGCAACAUUUUACUGCAAGACUUUUCAGGACCUUAACACAAUUUAUUUUCCUUUUCAUAUCAGUCACCCCAUAACAGACAAUUCAAAUCAGCUGAAUGUAUAAAUGAUGUAUUUCAUAAAUUUUUUUAAACAACGAUUCAAGGUGUUUUGUUUUUGGUCCUUUUGGGGUAAUCAUGUCAAGCCUUGAACAGGAAGUGUGACGAUGAAAUGCUGCAUUUAAAGAACGUUUUCAUGUUGCUGGUUUGACGUUUAAAGCAGAAAUCUUUCAACCUGGGAGCCACAGUGGUUUUCUCUGAAUCCUGACCCGACUGUCCGUGUUCAGAUGUUGAGGCUCACCUGGAAUGACAGCCUACAUUAACCACGUGAGCAUCACCGCCCCUCCCCUCAGAUUCAAGAAAUGCUGGAAGACUUACGACCAUCUUCUUUCCUCCAUACCUCAGUCCAAGUGUUUGCGUGCUGGAGCUCCAGCAUCCCUCUUUGUGAAACCCAUUAUGGUUCUGUGCUUGCCGUUGGCCGGUUUUCCAGCUGAAUGUGUUUGUGGUUAUACGGACUUGUUGGUUGUCGUUUUGUUUUGGGGUGCAGACAUUGUACAUAAUUUGCUGGUCUUACUCAAAACGUUAUUUCUUGAUGAGAUAGGUUUUUUUUUUCUGGAGAAAUCCUAAAGCUUGAGAAACUGUAUUAAAUGUAGAUAUGUUGAUAACAGAAAUGCCUGAUUCCGAUUUCAUUCAUUUGUCCCCAUUCAACCAUAAAUUUGGAGUAUGUAUGUUGUGAUGUUUGAUGCUAGUGGAUCAUUAAAAGAAAUACAAAGAGUGAA